GCAUGCGCCAUAACCAAUCUUCCCUCGCGCAGUGUUCUGUGUGUCUAUCGUAAAGUUCAGCUGAUUUGGAUCGUUGUGUGUCCCCUAAUAAUUGGAAUAAUGGAAAUGUGCUGAUAUCAAAGUUUAUUUCCAGUGGUUUUUAACUUGAUUGUUCAUUCGAAUAAAGAAGUAGAUGUUUUACUAGCAGAUCAAGGAUUCGAGGUCAUUUUCUUGACAUUGCUCAGUGUUACAACCCUAUAUUUUGUACAGACACGUGAAUCGUGUAAACUGCUGUUUUCGUUGGGAUUAGUUUUGGAUUUUUGUUUUAUUCUGUUGUAACUUCUCUUAUUGAAGAUGGCAGAAGCUCACUCUGCUGUUGCUUUCAGUUUUACUAUCAGCCAUGAAGGUGUCAACAUAAACUAUGACCAUGAAAUAUUUUAUGCAGUAUGGCAGAGUGGACUUCGUUCUUGGAGGAGGAGAUUGACUAAAUUUUGGAACAAUAUAUGGACUUGUGCUUAUCCAGCAUCCCCAUAUAGUUUGCUCAUUAUAGCUGUUAUCAUUGCUUUUUUAACAUGGAAAGAAAGAGAUGUUUCGCAUGGAUUUGUUGAUUUUCUGGCUUCACAUUUCACUGACAACCCACUGGUAGCUACUUUCAGUAUAGCAGCAUUUUAUGCCAUGUAUACAAUUAUCUUAUGGCUGAUAUUUGUGAAUACUGUGAGAUACUGUGUUAAAUUGCUACUAGUAUAUAAAGGAUGGAUGUACGAAGCUCGUUCUGGAAAAAUGUCACUGAAAACAAAAUUAUGGCUUGCUGUUAUGAAAUUAAUUGCAAAAAGGAAACCUCAAUUGUACAGUUUUCAGGGUUCUCUUCCAAAUCUCCCCGUACCUUCUGUAGAAGAUACUAUGUCACGAUAUCUGCUAUCAGUGAGAUCAUUGCUUGAUGAUGAAAAAUUUAAGAGAAUGGAUAUGCUAGCUAAAGAAUUUCAAAAUGGCAUUGGAAAAAAGUUGCAACGGUACCUAAUAUUAAAAUCAUGGUGGGCUACGAACUAUGUUUCUGAUUGGUGGGAAGAAUUCAUUUAUCUUCGUGGGCGAGGACCUCUAAUGAUCAAUAGUAAUUUUUAUGGAAUUGAUGCCAUUUUAAUACAUCCAACGCAGAAUCAAGCUGCUAGAGCUGCUGGUUUCAUUCAUGCCGCAUUACUUUUCAGACGAGCAAUAGAUCGGCAAACAUUAAACCCUAUAAUGGUGCAAAAUAUUGUUCCUUUGUGUUCAGCUCAAUAUGAACGAACAUUUAAUACUACUCGUAUUCCUGGGAAAGAAACUGAUAAACUGAUACAUUUUGAUGAUAGUCAACAUGUUGUUGUAUACCAUGCUGGGCGAUACUUUAAGCUUCCUGUGUAUUAUAUGGGUCGCUUACUGCGACCAUGUGAAUUACAAAGGCAAAUUGAAAAAAUUCUUCGUGAUCCAUCUCCACCUCAGCCUGGGGAGGAACAUCUUGGUGCAUUAACUGCUGUUGAGAGAACUGUGUGGGCUGAAGUAAGAGAAAAGUACUUUUGCAAAGGUAUCAACAAAGCAUCAUUAAACACCAUAGAAAAGGCUGCAUUUUUCGUAGCUCUUGAUGAAGAGUCGUAUAAUUUUGAUUCUAAAGAUCCUACUAAGUUGAAUCAGUUUGGCCGUGCUAUGCUUCAUGGAAAAGGUUAUGAUCGUUGGUUUGACAAGUCAUUCACCAUAAUUGUGGCUAAAAAUGGCAGAGUUGGAUUAAAUGCUGAACACUCUUGGGCUGAUGCACCAAUUAUGUCACAUGCUUGGGAGUUCUGUUUAGCACAAGAAUUCAAUUCUAACUGGUAUGAUGCUGAUGGAAAUUGUGUUGGGGAAUCCAAAAAUAACUUAUUCCCACCAAGUCAUUUGAAAUGGGAUUUCUCUAAUGAAGCUAUAGAAGUAGUAGAAAAUUGCAUGCAGUCAGCUCAAACUGCUAUUGAUGAUGUAGACCUCAGGUUAUUAAUGCAUGAUGCAUAUGGCAAAGGGUUUAUUAAAAAGUGCCGUGUUAGUCCUGAUGCUUAUAUACAAAUGGCUUUUCAACUUGCUUAUUAUAGAGAUUCUCGAAAAUUCAGCCUUACUUAUGAAGCUUCAAUGACUCGCUUGUUCCGUGAAGGUCGAACAGAAACAGUAAGACCUGUCACUACAGAGUCUUGUGCAUGGGUGAAAUCAAUGAUAAAUCCUAAUGCUACAAAUGAAGAGAGAAUAAGAUUACUUCGUAUAGCCUGUGAUCGUCAUCAGAAGGGUUAUCAAGAUGCAAUGUGUGGUAAAGGCAUUGAUCGUCACUUGUUCUGCUUAUAUGUAGUAGCUCGGUACCUCAAUGUAGAAUCGCCAUUUUUGGAUGAAGUUCUGAGUGAACCCUGGAGACUCUCAACCAGUCAGACUCCUCAUGGGCAGACUGAUUUGAUGGAUUUAAGGAAAAAUCCUGAUCAUAUAUCAGCUGGUGGUGGUUUUGGACCUGUUGCUGAUGAUGGAUAUGGGGUUUCUUACAUAAUAGCAGGAGAAGAUAUAAUAUUCUUCCAUAUAUCAAGCAAAGUAUCAUCUCCAGAAACAGAUUCAGAACGUUUCAGAAGACAUAUUGAACAGGCUUUAAUGGACAUGAAAACUCUUUUUGAUCAAAAGGCUUGAAGAAUGAAGCAAACUUUUUGAUGUCAUUGAAUUUUUAUUGGCAUUUUAUUUGCCAAAUGUUGCUUUUUUACCAUUAUGUGCCUCCAAAUCUCUCAAGAAUGCAAUAUUGUGAAUAUUUAAGCAAAUUAAAUAAGCGCUUUGUUUUUACAAACUGUAAAUAUAUAUGGGACUUUGCUACCCAUAUAUAAUAAAUUUUAGAUUUAAGAAAAAUAUAAGAACUGUUAUUGGGAAUAAAAUUAUUAUGUAUCUUAUUGUAUUAAAGCAUUAUGUUUUGUCAAGGUUUGAAUAAAAUUUGGUAUCCAUUUAUUGGCACAAUUAGAGUAGUGAUUCUCAGAAUUAUCUGUGAUCAUCGUUGGUUUGCUAGUCUUAAAUUUUAAAAAUGUGAGAAAAAUGAUGCAAUUCAAGAAUUUUAAAUGAGUUAUUUUAAAUUUGCCUAUAGUUUUUUUUUUUUUGUGUCAAGUCUUAUUUUUUUGUUGAAGUGAUUUACUACUCAGAUGCUGUUAAAUUAUUAAUGCUGUGAAGUAAUAAAAUGGACCACUCUUCCCCUAUUUAUAAUGCGGUUUUUAUGCAUUUAUGCCUUUUAAAACUCUGAAAUGUUCAUGUUACUGCAGACCAAAAAGUUUUUGUUCAUGUUUUUCAUCUUUUAACUUAUUAGCAUUUUGUAUGAACAAAUAUCUAAUUUUACUAAAUAUAGUUAAUGUGAAAUUUAAGCAAAAUCCAAAGUAAAUUCAUUUUAAUUUUCUGUGUAUUGUUUUACUUCAAAAUAUAUUGGAUAGCAUUAAUGUUUUAUUGAGGUACUUGUCCAUUGUGAUUAAAUCAAUGCAAGAAAGUAUGCCCUGCUUGCUACUUUAUGUUGUUGUAAUAUUGAAUUUAAUUAAUUUAUUGCCAAAACACUACUUCAUUGAAAAUUUUGAUCACUUGUAGUUCAUGUUAAGUACAAUGAUUACUACAUGCAAUUAUCAAUGCAACUUACUUGUUAUCAAUGCAAUUUAUGUAUUUGUGUUGUUUUUUAAUUUUAGUCUUGUUUGGUUGGUUUGGUUAUGAUUUGAAAUAAGGUUGUUCCAAAGUUUCUUUUUUAUUUAUGCAUUGGCAGCUGGUUUCAUUAGAUAGUUGUCUUUUUUUUAAACUUUCAUUUUCUUAUUUUUUCAUGCAGUCUCUUGCUGUUAGCUGUAAUUUAUUUGGCAUAGUAAUUUUGAAAAAGGUAAAGGUUUAUAUUUCUGGUUUCAUAGUUAAAAUAUAAAAAAUUAUUUAAUUCCUGUUUAGAUAGAUGUUUCAGUCAAAAAUAAGUACGACUUCAGUAUUAUAAAUAUAUGUAAAUGGUAUAAAUACUAAAUAUUAGAGUUUGUAAAUCAGCACAAGCAUGGUAUUUUCUUUCUAUUUAUCAAGUUUUAAAUUAUUUCAUUAUUAUUUAAAUUGUAUGAUUUCUGAAUUAAAUUUUACAUAAAAAAGUCUGUAGCCUUUUAUUAGGAAAAGUUAUGAAAGACCCUUAUGAUCCUUCUGUUCGUACCACUUUUAACCAAAUGAAUUGUUAUAGAAUAUUUUAAAUGCUCAUUAAAUCGUCAUAAUAAUGCUGUUUAAUGUUUUAAAUUAAAUGUAUUAAAUGUCAUUAGAGGUGAAAGUAUUGAAUUCAUUUGUCUGUCUGGAUAUAUUAAGUAUACAUUACUUCAUACAUAAUACUAGCUUCAAAAGUAGUGUCUUCAGGAGCAUUUUGCCCAUAUUUUCUUUUUCUCUGGAAUAAUUCUGUAUGUGUUAUUUCAAACCCAUAAGUUUUUUUUCAUGGUUUAAUUUUUGGAAAUGCUUUAACAUCUUGAUCACUUAGGCUUUUUUCUUAAUGAAUUUCCCAACUAUUUUAAAAUUAUGAUUUAUAGAAUUUUUGAUGAAUGCAUCUAAAUUUUCUUUUGAAUUACAAAUUAGCUUUAUAUGCAUGGACUGAAAAAAACCACCCUCAGGAAUAUAUAUAUCUUUAAAGAAAUAUAUAUUUAAAGUAAACUAUUGUAUGUGAUUUUAUUAAGUAUUAUUGCUAUGUUGUUUUAUUAAUAAACCUUGAUUUGUUCUUAAGCUUCUGCAUACAUGUGUAUGUGUUAUAGGAUAUCAAUUUGUUUUAACGAAAUUAAAAUAUUGUUGCUAUUGGAAUGUUUGUUAUUAUUAUAAUUUGGCUUAAUGCUAAGUUUAUAUGUUCUGCUCAUGUUGCUGAAAUUAAACUGAUAAAAAUUUAGGCUAGGUUAAAUAUGAAAUUGCCAAACUAAUAUUUGAAUAUGCAACUUAUUGAAAUUCAGAACACUGAAUUAAAAUAUUUAAUUAAAGAAUUUUUGAUAAAGCUGAGUAUCAAAUAAGAAAACUGAAGAGAAUAAAAAUAGUUACAUCUACAUUACAGCACUCUAUUUAACUUUUUGCAUGCAUAUUUUUGAAAUUUUCAUUUGGUACUGCAAUAUGUUUGCAGUGUGCUUCUUUUUUUUUUUUUUUUUUUUUUUUUUUUUUUUUUUUUUCCAAUAAAUCUCUUCAGAGUUGCUAGAGGAAGGAUAAAUACCACGAUUUGUAUGAUAGGUAAGUUUUCGAAGAGUUGGGAAUCUGAGGCAAAAAACUCAAAAAUAAUGAAUUUCAGUUUUAUGAUAAUUUUAUUCCUCAUUUUGGUAAUUAGAAUUCUUAUUUAUUUAUUUGAAUCUUUCAUUUAAAUAAUUAAUAGGGAUUAAAGUGAUGCCAUGAAUAACAAAUUGCAAAUUUCAUCAGUAAUUGCAUACAAGUUGAAUGAGAUUUGAAUGUCAAAGGCAUAUGUAAAAUUUAUGCAUUUGUGUUUUUAAUCUGGGUAUACUUAUUCUUUAAAUUGUAUCUGGUAUCAUACCAUUGGAUGAACUAAACUAGUGUUUCAAGAACAAUUCCUGAGGGUGAUAUCAUUGAGUAUCUGUGAAUUUAAUCUAUUUGUAAUUUGAGUAUAGUAUUUUCGGAAAUAUAAGCCUUUAAUUGUGCUUUUAUUUAUAUUCAUGUGGCUGAAAAUAUGGUCUCAACUUUUGUUUCAUAACCAAACUAAAUGAAACUCAUCAUGGUGUAUAAAGUAUGUUUAAUGUGGUAUAAAAAAACUGCUGGAGUUUUGACUUUAAAUGAAGGUAAAACUAUGUUUGCAGUUUUCUGUAAAAAGUUAAUAAAAUUCCAUUUGACAAAUA